AUGACCGGACCAUAUAAACUUUUCUACAAAGGCCAAAGCAAGGAUUUUGUCGUUUUCAUUGACGACAAGGACGCCUACGAAAAAUAUGCUCAUAAGCACGACCACUCUAUACCAUUGACUGAUGUGGUGUCUAAUUUCGACAUCUACACCAACCAGAUGGGCCAAGGAUCCACAGGAAAAUUAGAGAAAGCAUCGCAGACAGAUCUCAGCGUGGAAUUCGGCGAGGUCAAGCAUGCAGAGGAUGUGCUACCAGUAAUUUUGGAAAAAGGAGAAAUUUUAAAUAGUACAGGAGUGGAUCAUAAAAAGUGGUCGUCCACGAAUGACUCCAAUGGCUUUAACGCAAGAUAG